CACGAGCGCCAGAGCUCCGCACCGCCCGCGCCGCCUCCCCCACGUCCCUGCCCCUACGCGGCGCGUCACUUCCGCCACCCCCAGGCCGGGGCUGGGGCGGGGAACGCGGGGGAGGGGGCCGGAGCCGAGGGAAGCCCGCCCGCGCCCGCGCCCGAGCAGGGACUACAUUUCCCGAGGGGCCUCGGCGGCGGCGGCGGCGGCGGGCGCGGCAACGUCCCCCGGAAGUGGAGCCCGGGACUUCCACUCGUGCGUGAGGCGAGCGGAGCCGGAGACAAGACCAGAGGCCGUACUCGGGAUUUGACAAGAUGGCCGGGCUGCCCCGCAGGAUUAUCAAGGAAACCCAGCGUUUGCUGGCAGAACCAGUUCCCGGCAUUAAAGCAGAACCAGAUGAGAGCAACGCUCGUUAUUUUCAUGUGGUCAUAGCUGGCCCCCAGGAUUCCCCCUUUGAGGGAGGGACUUUUAAACUUGAACUAUUCCUUCCAGAAGAAUACCCAAUGGCAGCCCCUAAAGUCCGUUUCAUGACCAAAAUUUAUCAUCCUAAUGUAGAAUUGGGAAGAAUAUGUUUAGAUAUUUUGAAAGAUAAGUGGUCCCCAGCACUGCAGAUCCGCACAGUUCUGCUAUCGAUCCAGGCUUUGUUAAGCGCUCCCAAUCCAGAUGAUCCAUUAGCAAAUGAUGUAGCGGAGCAGUGGAAGACCAACGAAGCCCAAGCCAUAGAAACAGCUAGAGCAUGGACUAGGCUAUAUGCCAUGAAUAAUAUUUAAAUCGAUUGAUCAUCAAGUGUGCAUCACUUCUCCUGUUCUGCCAAGACUUCUUCCUUUUUUGUUUGCAUUUAAUGGACACAGUCUUAGAAACAUUACAGAAUAAAAGCCCAGACAUCUUCAGUCCUUUGGUGAUUAAAUGCACAUUAGCAAAUCUAUGUCUUGUCCUGAUUCACUGUUGUAAAGCAUGAGCAGAGGCUAGAAGUACCAUCCGGAUUGUUGUGAAACGUUUAAAAGCAGUGGCCCUCUCUGCUUUUAUUCUUUCCCCCAUCAUGGUUUAAGUAUAAAGCACUGUGAAUGAAGGUAGUCGUCAGGGUUAGCUGCAGGGGUGUGGGUGUUUUUCUUUUUUGGGGGGGAGUAGUUUUAAUUUUAUGGGCUCCUUUCCCCCUUCUUAUGGUGACCUAAUUGCAUUGGUUAAAAGCAGCUAACCACUUCUUUAGAAUAUGCUCUCUAGCCAAGUCUAACUUUAUUUAGACGCUGUAGAUGGACAAGCUUGAUUGUUUGAACCAAAAUGGGAACAUUAAACAAACAUCACAGCCCUCACUAAUAACAUUGUGAUUUUGCUGUCAAGUAUAGAGUCCUCCCUUCAGGAAAAAGCUUGUGACCAUUUUGUAUGGCUUGUCUGGAAACUUCUGUAAAUCUUAUGUUUUAGUAAAAUAUUUUUUGUUAUUCUACUUUGCCUUUGUACAGUUUAUUUUACUGUGUUUAUUUCAUUUUCCCAAUGUGACAAUCGUAUUUAAAAAUUAAAACUGAUGGAACAUUCUGUUUUAGUCUUCACCACCUAACAAAUUGAAUGGCAAGAGAGAGAUUUUGCCAGUGUCUUUACACUGAUGCAAAUUGGUGUUAAGAUAUCACUAAAUGGAGUAUUUAUAAGCUGGCCCGAGCAUGCCUGAAGCAUCGGUAUCUGACAUUUUUUUACCUCCUAGAAAUUUGAAAUAAAUGUGUUUGUGUCGUCUGAUUAGUUCGAUCAUUAGUGUCUUGCCACAGUGUUUGAAAAUUACUGUAUAGGAGAGUCGCAGCACAGCCACCGUUGUGACUGGCUUUGUGUGGGACUUUGACACGUGCCACAUUUGUGUCUGGCAUUUGGGUUAUGACCUUUCUCUUAGUUCUUAUCUCAGAAUUUCCUGUGUGACCACUGGUAUAUGUUACUAGGAAACACCAAUCUGAUAAUCAUGCGGGGUUUGCUGAGGCAUUUACGAGUCUUCCUUGUAGACGUGCUAAGCAAAUCUCAGGCAGCCAGCUUGCAUAAGUGUCAUCAGAAAGGUUUCUUUCUUAGCAUCAAAUCCUCAGUUAAUGAUUCUUACUGUCAUCCUCUGACAUUUGCUCCAGGAGCUCCUUUUAUUCUUUAAUUUGAUAUUCAGAAAUUUUUUUCUGUAUUGACAGAGUUCUCACAAAACUGUUCUUUCCCACCCCUCCAUAUCUAGUUCCUGAUUCUGGUUCUUUUUAAGACCUAAAUGUAGUCAGUUAUAAGGAUGUAAAUGUUAACCUGUGAGUUGGAACCUUUGUCUCUUGGAGUUUAAGGUAAUGGAUGUUGUAGCCCAUCUUAAUUUUCCCGACUCUUAUUCUCGUAACUUCUGGUUCCCGACUCUUAUUCUCGUAACUUCUGGAGUUUCUUCAGAAUGUGGUGUAUUUUAUUGUGCUCCUCUGUAAGAUGAAGAAUUAUCUAUUAAAAUUACAUUUUCAACAUACAAAAAGUUUUUGAUGACUGGUAACUGGUAUCCUUCCAAAUGAAUGCAUUUCUUGGAAACAAAUGUUAGUUUAAUUUAGAAUGAACUUGUUCAUAACCCUAAUACUGUAAAUCUUAACAGCCACUGUCAUUUAUAACAAUUUUUAAGGUGUUUAAAGGUUGUCUUGCAGCUAAGGAAACUGAAUCUCUUUCUGGGGCCAAAAUGAGUGAAAACUCAAGCCGUUAAUAGGGACAGGCUUUAUUUAUUGAAGGUAGCACCACUCAUGGUGCUACCUAGUAUUACAUAGUAAUUUGUAAGUUUUAAAAUUCCAGAUUUAAAUCUAUUGCUCUACAAAAAUGUGUCUAAAAUAGGACUCUGAUAAUAUACAGAGUUUUUGAGUUACAGCAGUUCUGAAAUGGAAUGAUUCACUGUUUUCAUUUCAAAUACACGAAUGCCUAACUUAAUGGCAUCAUGGUUUUUUCCUUUGUAAUUUUGAUGAGUCCCAUCUUGUUUGGGUAAGACUUGCUUUCUCAACCAGUGGGCUGCAUCAAGAGCCAGUGUGUCGCUGCGCUUUUUUAGUAUUUAAGGAGCUCUGGGAGAGGCCAAGAUAGAGUUCGAAAACUGGCAGCUACAUCUGGCCCUGUGGCCUGUUUUCCUUGGCCCACACGGGGUGGUUGGUUAAAACAUUCUGAAUUCAAUUGCCAACAGUUAAAAAAAAUUGAGUCACAUGUAGAAUUCUGAUAAUCAGAAUGAUCUGAAGUUCUGGCCACAGCAGACAGGACCUGCCUUGUACAGGGCACCUGCUGGGAGGAGCUGAGUAGCAGUCAUCCUAAGAAGAGCUUGUCAUUCUUAGUCCAGUGACUCUCCAGCUAAAGCCUCCUCCCAGCCCACCUCCUUUCUGUAGACCCAUUCCCUGUAGCCUUUGACUUUGUGACUCCUAAGCUUAUGGACAGAGUUAUUCAACAAGUGAGUGCUUAAUACGUGCCCAACCCUGUAUACUCCUCGUUGGGGAUGCUGAGGUGAGUGAGGAUGGCAGGGGGCUUUCCCUUCUAAUCUAACAUGGGAGGGGCGUGGACCAAGUGCAGGUGCAGCUCUGGCGGAGAAGGGAGGCUAGUCCUUGCGGGGGGCUGCUCUUCUGGACUCAACACCUCCAGGCAAGGGAAUAGCAUAAACAGAGUCUGCAUAUAUUGAUAGAGUGCUUCUUGAAAAUCAGCUCUGCCUCUUCAGGAGCUUUCUGAAAUCCUGAGGUGUUGAUCAAAGCUUUGUGUUUUUCAUGUGAUUUUAAAAUUUUUGUGGCUUCCUUUGCUGUGAUUAGUUUGCCUCCACACUAGUUGGUCUUCUCAGAGGCUGCCUAGUGAGGCUUAGAGUUGAAAUACGUAGAACUUAAUUAAACGCUGCUCUAGACCAAGAACACACUUUACUACAAAAUGUCAGAAAUAUUAAAAAUAAAUGUUGAUUACAUAAAAGCCAUAGGUGCUAUGGUUUAGCACUAUUAAAGGAGAGGGUAACCUGGUGUCCUAUAAAAUACGAUCAAUACAAUUUUACUAGUUAAAUGGGACUAAAUGGUGUUGUAGGGCUGAUGGGAAUUGGCUUUAUUUUUCUAUUCAGUGGUUCAGGAGUCUUUUGGCUACUUCAAUUUUUCGUUGCAGUAGCUAAGGUUUAAAAAUACAGCCUUAUCUACAGAAGCUGGGCAAAAAGAUGAAACGCCAUGAUUAUAGGGCAGCUAAUUCAACAGUCUAUUUAAGAAAAAUGUAAUAUUUCAUUGGAAUAAUGUAUUUUGGGGCUGGGGCCCACAUUUCAUUUAACUCUUUAGCAUGCUGCUUAGUUUAAGGAAUUAUAUCAGGGGUUUAUUUUUAAAUGACGUAAUGCUCACAAAAGCAAAAUAUGUUGAAUGUAAUGAAAGAAAUAUUAAGAAUAAAAAUCUGUACUCCACCACCCAGACUUGGUGAUACUUUGUUUCCUUAACUAUUCCCCCACACCCACAUUAAUUUCCUUUUUUUUUUGUCAUGGAGGUUGGAAAUUGGGAGGAUUUGUUCCAAGAGUUGGCUUUGCUGCAGCUUUGUAUUACAAAUUUGGCUGCAAGUUCCUAUUAGCUGUGAAAGUGGGAGUUAGGCCAAAUUUUUCCUGUUCAGUAUAGAACUCAAUGUGAAGAGUUUGGGGCUUCCCUCCUCCCCCCAGUUUCAUCUUUCCCCCCUUCAGCUUUUCUCCUGCGCCAGUUGGUAAAGUGUUUCAAGGGUAUGAAUGUAGACUUGCUAAUCAAGCUGAGCCUCUGGAUUUGAUGUAGUAGUUUCUGAUUGGUUGAAGCAUAUGGUAGCUGUCUGAACAUUUAAAUCGUCCUUAUUGCCUCUUGCAGCAGAGCAACAAUUGAAAUCCCAUGACUGUGUAAAAGUACAUUUUAUGUUUUUGGCUCAUUAAGAAGCUUAAGCAUUUCUCCUCUGCUAAUCAUUUUUAUCUAUGGGAAAAAUUUUUUAAAUUAUGACUAGUGGAUGACCUCAGGUUCCUACCAUUGUGGAAUAACUGGCGCAUUUCCGUACUCCUGAUCCCUUCUCACCCACCAUGUGACUCUUGGAAGUAGUUGAUGAUCUAGAUUAAUAAAGCCCAAUAAUUUUCUUUUUGGUCAUGCCCAUAGUGCGUGGAAGUUCCCAGGCUAGGGAUUGAACCUGUGCCACAGUAGUGACCUGAACUGCCGCAUUGAGUGCUGCAUCCUUUAACCCGCUGCACCAUUUAAGAGAAUUCCAAUAAAUCCCCAGUAGCUCUUGAGUUUCAUUAUAACCAAGAGAGUUUACAAAGUAUUCUGGCUUAUGUUUAGGAGUAGACUACUCAAGACUUAAACCUGUCAAAGAAGCUUAGACAAGAUAGGUUGGUUGCACUGGAUUUGAACUUGGUGCUGAUUUGCUUACAUUUUUUUUCAGGAAGCAUUGGGACUGUGAGUAACCAAAGGCGUAGGACCAAAUCUUGCAGUCUGUGUUUUUUCUCAUUCUGAAACAGUAAAUAUUUUGGGUUUUGUAGGCCAGUCUGUGUCAAUUACUCAACUCUGCAAACAGAGCGAGGACGCAUCCCAUAGACAACUUUCAACAAACGGUCAUGCUGUUCGCUGCUCUGAUAAAACUUUUUCACAUGUCACAGUAUUUCUUUUUUUUUCAACCACUAAUGUAAAAAACAUUGUAAGCUUGUGGGCUAUACAAAAACCAUUUGGCCAGUAGGCUGAGUUACCCCCUCCCUCCUCACUGCUCAUGUUAGAACCAAGAUGUGCCUGUCUCUCCUCUGAGCUCUUUGAAAAAGUGACCUGUUACUGUUAUUCCAGUAAUAAAAAAGCUCUGUGGUACAGGUUUUCCUUUUUCUGCUUUGGUAAUACAUGUUUUGAUAAAUUAUGUACAAAUUGACCAUUUAUCAAACCUCUUGUUUUUCAUAAUUGAACAUUUUCACAUUGAAAAUUUCUCAGGACGUUCAUUUUAAAAUGAUACAGGAUUUUUAGAGAAAAUCCAAAAUCUGCAGUCUCCUUUAAAAAGUAUGACCUUUAACCGGUGAUGCUGUGUAGUAUUUUUCAGUUAGCAUUAUUGAGGGGACCUCCAUCUGUGGCAGCACAUUCCUCUGGUAUCUUAGCUAUUGAAUAGAUGACCAUAAUUUAAUCCCCCAAUUUGUGUGUUUAAAUUGAUGCCAGUAUUACAAAUAUUGCAAUACACAUCUUUGACCAUACUUUGAUUGUGCAACUUGAAAUGUUUUUGUUGACUAGAUUGCCAGAAGUGGAAUUGGUGGGUUAUGUGCUUUUAAAAUUUUGGUAGGUACUAUGAGGUUGCUCUCAAAAAUGCCAUACCAGUUUACUCUGCAUCAUUACUCGAAAGUCCUUUUUGUGUCUGUAUAAUAGUCCAUUAUAUGGAUGUGUAUUACUAAACAUUACCCCUUUGGGUCUGGGCAUUUUAUUUCCAUGUCUCAACUGGAGAUAAGACUCUUGGUGUAGUAACUAGAUCAAGAGGCAUAUUUCUUGAUAUACAUCAUUAAUGGCCAAAUCAAGUAUUUUACUGACUAAGGAAUGAGUUUGAGUAAAAAUUGAGAAAAGCAAGAUUUACAGCACUUUCAUUGACUGGGACUGGUGUUUAAUUAGAACCAGGAAAUGUGAUUUCCAGAUAAUGGGAAGAAUAGAACUUUUGGGAUCAUAAUUAAUUGCUCCACAUCGAAGUGGAGGAAUUUAAGCCGUUGUAUAAUGCAAUGCCAUGAUAGCCCUUAAGGGUUUUCUUACCUUACUGCUAGAAUUUAGCCAAUGGCACUAGUCAGGAAGGUAUUAUGAUACCACUUACAUGUGGACUCUAAAAUAAAACAAAUGAGCUUUCAUGAAACAGUCACAGGUAUAAUAGAGAACAGACUUGUGGUUGCCAAGUUGGUGGCAGUGGGAGGGAGGGACUGGGGGUUUGGGGUAAGCAGGUGCACACUAUUAUCUACAGAAUGGAUAAACGAGGUCCUACUGUAUAGCACAGGGGACUCUCUUAAAUAUUUUAAGCCAUAAUAUAAGUAUGUAUAGCUGAAUCACUUUGCUGUGCAGCAGAAAUACAUUGUAAAUAAACUGUAUUUCAAUUAAAAAAAAAAACUCCUAACCCAUUUCCAUUUUUUAUUUGAUGUUUCCAAAUGUAAAAAAGAGUCAAGAUUCUUACACCAAUUAUCUCAAACGAGACCAUGCAAAGCAAUUUGAAGUGUAUACAACAAUCACUCCCCCUUCAGUUUUGCUGCUUUAUACAACUGUGUGAUUGACAGAAAAUUGAAUGGGAUGUGCCUGGUUGGAAAAUUUCACCUGUUUACAAAACAGAAAAAAACACCUGACAAUAAACAUGCAAAAUAGUUGCUACUUUGUGUCUGUGAGUCAAUUUACAAACUUUAAAUUUAGGAGGCACAGGGGACUUGAAAUUUUAGCUGCCCGAUUUUAUCCAACUACCCCACAGAAAGCACAAAUGACAGUCCCAACACUGUAAACUUUGGAGGGUUGUGACAGUAGACACUAUUUGUUAUCUAUAGUAGAUUGACUUGUUGAGCUUGCAAAUGUAGGCCUUUUUCUCUUAACAGAAUUAAGUCUCCUUGGGGCCUUUCCUCUAAUUUUGCUAGGCUGGGUUCCAAAAAUAUAGUGAAGAACAUGUGAAAGUUAAAGUGUGACAACUGAAGUAUUCUGAUGCAUUAUACAAAUUUUUGCUAGUUGCCUAAAGACAGGUGGUUUGCUAAAUGGCACUGAAGAAAAUCCUGACCCAGUGGUACUACUUAGUCCAAAUGCUUCUGACCGAAGAAAAUUAUACAACAAUAUUUAUAGGCUCACUUUUAAGAAAUGGCUGACAUUAAUACUGUACAUAUUUUACAUGUCAAAUACAUAGUCCAAGAAUUUAUAAAAUAAGUCCAUGCAUUAUUACCUCUAAGAAUAUCAUGUACAAGAUACCCAGCCCCCCUAGUACUUCUGACAACAUUUCAGGUGGACACAGUCUUAUAUACAAAAACAAUCCAGUUUCUCUGCUGUGUUAAAUAUAAUUUAAAGAAACUUCAGAGAUUACUGAGGAAAAAAAAAAAAACUUAGUCCAUUUAAGAUUGAUACAAAGUGUCUCCAUCUGUGGGAUUUAAAAUGUUUCCAUUUUUAAAAAUACACCCAGAAAACGUAACCUCUGUAUCAAGAAAAAUACAAAAAUUCUGGAGGAUCAUGUUUGCUCACACUACAUAAUUUAGAAUGAAAUGUCACUGGUUAAAAGUUUUCCUACUUUACUCAUUCCUCUGACAGCAUUAAUUUGUGAACUAAUGAUUGUAUUUAGUUCAGCUGCAUUUAUGGCACAAGAUCUCAUUUUCAAAACAGUGGCACCAAUUUUAAGUGUAACAGCACUCUUAUUUUUAGCAGCAAUUAUAUUUUUAAAGGUUAACAAUUUAUAGAACAAGUAUAUAACUAUACUUAUUUUCUACUUCACAGCCACCAGUUAUGAUAUUUACAAAAAGCUAACGUCUACAUCUAGAAUCAUCUUUCACUUGCCCCCAUCUCCUUUCUGACUUGGUCAGGGGAGUGCAGGUGUUUCAGACAAGGUGUUUGUGUUUUAGAUGGGAUUCUUGGAUUUAAGUGAAUAUAGAGACAAGUGUAAGACAAAGUAAUUUUUUGUUCAGGUAUGUUCCAGUGCCCAAAUCAAUAGUCAUAAGAUGACUAGUACCUACUGACCACCUAUAAAAGAUGAGAUGUUCUGAGGUGCCCAAACAAUCUAGGUCUGUAACAGCUGAACAAGAAGGCCAUUUCACUCAAGUGGGAUGCAGGCAGCACUGACUGGCAUUUAAGGUGGUUACUGGUCUCCAGCAAGUUUAACUGAAGAGAUGUAACGAAAUUCAAAAACGGAAAAAAUAUUUUACAUUGAGGGAACUACGGUUCUCAUGUAUUCUGUGUAAGGAGAGAAUACAGAUGAAGAAAACUGGCCAGUGAAAAUGCCAACUCAAAUUUCACGCAUACAGACUUUCGUAAGAUGUAUCCAUCGCGUGCAUCUUGCUUAUGGUACUUGCCUAACAAUCACCAACUCCAUAAACUCUGUGUUAAAGACUGCUGAGAUAUAGGGGAACUGGCCCUAUUAGGUAGCUAGUCAUAUAAUACCACGUGUGAAAACUGACACAAAUGAGCUGACAAAUUCCCGAAAAUAGCAAAAAUCCUUUGUCAAAAUAGUUACUGGGCCACAUAGAAAUAGUUCAAUCUGGAAUCUGUGAAUUAAAAUUGUGAUCUAUGAAACAAAUUUUGGGGUUGAUGGACUUCUUUAAUAGCAAGAAUUACUGUUGUAAAUUCCCAUCAACAGAAGAUUUGCUGAAUGUUACUGCUGUGAAUGAGAAAAUAAUUGAGAAAGUUGACCUGACAAAGAACCACAGACUGACAUCGAAUGGAAAAAAAAAAAAAAAAAAAAAAAAAAA